ACCGUAUUUGAUUGAGGGUGGUUGCUACUUGCUGCUUAAAUGAUGGAUUCACUUUUUCACUUGUGUUUACAACGUUAAAUAUUUUAUAGAUAAACCUUAAUUUUUAAAAAUUUUCUAUUAAAAUUAAAACUAUUAGUUACAUAAAAAAUGACUUUGUAUCAUUUUGGUAAUUGUGUCACUUUAUUAUACGUGCCACACUAUUUAACGUACAAAUACGCAAAUCUAUCUGAGUAUGGAGCAUUUUGGAAGUGUAUACAAGGUGGUAUUAUUUAUACGUUUACUCAGCUGUGCAAGAUGUUGAUUUUAGCAACGUUCUUUCCGGCCAACGAGGCGUCCAUGACCACAUUGAGUUUAACAAAUUUUCUCAAAAGCUCUGUUGAUUUAGCAGACAUUGCUGGAAUCUAUGUUAUAUUGCAAAGCAUACCUGGCAAAGGACAUGCUAAGGUAAUGACGGCAGGCAUUGGCUGGGCGGGUGCUGAAAUAUUAUUGACCAGAUUUCUACUUUUAUGGGUUGGUGCAAGAGGCACAGAAUUUGAUUGGAAGUAUAUACAAAAAUGUCUAGAAUCUAAUAUAAAUUUGAUGCAUCAUAUAAUGACUGCUGCAUUAGUGUGGUUAUGGUCCAGACAUGAUUUAUCUAAAUUACAAUCAAAAUUUUCACCAUUUGCUGCAGUCAGUAUUCUUCUAUUGUUGUCUGUUUACCGUUCAGUAAUUAUAGACACUCUCGCUGCUUGGCUUUUAAUUGAUCCCUGGUCAAUAAUUGCUAUCAAAGGAGUUUACACAAUUGUUCUAGGUUUAAUUAUGCUAAAAUAUUAUACAAGACUUUCAACAUUAAUUGGGAUGUAUUAAAAAAUAUAAAAAAUAAUUAUAAAAUAUU